AUGGUCGCCCCUACGAUGGCCGAGGCCAUGCCCACGAUUCUCGUUCUUGACUUCGGGUCAGUCGUCCCGACAUGAUCGUGUACAAACUUGCGAGAGAGGGGCUGAGUUGAUCGCUCUUCUUCCCCGCCUUUCGCGGAGGGGCGCUGCUCGGUUGCUCUGUGAACGUGUGCCAACAGAUCUCAGUACUCGCACUUGAUCACUCGAAGAUGUCGGGAACUCAACGUCUAUUGCGAGAUGUUGCCUUGCACCCAGAAGAUGGCCGAUCUCAAGUGGAAGCCCAAGGGUGAGCGAACGACGCCUCGAUUCGGGCAGCUCGACCCGAAGACCAGCUUUCGGAUUCCUGAGCAAGGUCUUUGGGUGGUGUACGAACAGGCGUGGGGCAUCAUCGUCUCAUGAUCUAUACUGACCCCAAACUUUGUAUGAUUUGAUUGAUAGGUAUCAUCCUGUCCGGCUCGCCCUACUCGGUCUACGAUAAGGAUGCGCCGCGUGUCGACCCCACCGUCUUCAGCUACGGCGUGCCCGUUCUCGGCAUCUGCUACGGUCUCCAGGUCAGUCACGUCCUGAUUCCUCGUGGAAGACCCCAGGAACUAACGGAAAACCUCUGUCUUUGCUGCUAGGAAACCGGCCACUACCAUGGCGCCACGGUCCAACCUUCGGAGCACCGCGAGUACGGCGAGGCCAAGAUUGAGAUCGUCAAGCAGCCCGCCGGUGCUUCGCCGCACAUGGACAAGCUCUUUGAAGGCAUCGCCAGCGGCAGUCAGGUAAUUCAACUCCGUUACAUUUCAGACUUUGAAAGCAAGGAUCACUCACGCUUUCGGGGAAAUUGACAGGUCUGGAUGUCCCACUCGGACCGUCUCCACUCGCUGCCCGAAGGAUUUUCCAUCAUCGCUACGACCGACAACGCCCCCUUUGCCGCCCUCGCCCACAUCGAGAAGCCCAUCUAUGGCGUGCAGUUCCACCCCGAAGUCACCCACAGUCUCUGCGGUCGCGAGGUCAUCGAGCGAUUCGUCAUCAACAUUUGCGAGUGCAAGCGGGAAUGGACCAUGGUCAGUACCGCACCGGUCAUCACCACUAGGAAGAAUGAUUCACUCGAGGCUGAAAAGUAAAUGCGAGACUACAGGACGCUUUUAUCGACAAGGAGAUCCAGCGAAUCCGAGAUCUCGUCGGCCCCAAGGGUCAAGUUAUCGGUGCCGUUUCGGGUGGUGUCGACUCGUCGGUCGCGGCCAAGCUGAUGCACGAGGCGAUCGGCGACCGCUUUCACGCCAUCAUGGUCGACAACGGUGUCUUGCGCAUGAACGAGGCUUCUCAAGUGCACAAGAUGCUGUGCGAAGACCUCGGCGUCAAUUUGACUGUCAUUGACGCGUCCGAUCGAUUUUUGGACAAGCUCAAGGGCGUCGAGGAUCCGGAGAAGAAGCGCAAGAUCAUUGGCAACACCUUUAUCGAGGUCUUUGAGGAGGAGGCCGCUCGUUUGGAGAAGGCGGUCAAGGAUACGGGUGCCGAAGGAGGAGAGAUCGAGUGGUUGUUGCAGGGUACCUUGUACCCCGACGUGAUCGAGUCAAUCUCGUUCAAGGGUCCGAGUGCGACAAUCAAGACCCACCACAACGUCGGCGGCUUGCUCGAAAACAUGAAACUCAAGUUGAUCGAACCUCUGCGAGAACUCUUCAAAGGUACGUCUUGCGGCGUGACUUGGUGGCGUGGCGCUCAAAACCUCUCAACUAAUGAGGACGCUCACGGUGGGACGAACAGAUGAGGUCCGCGCCCUCGGCCGACUAUUGCACAUCCCCGCCCACCUCGUUGGCCGACACCCCUUCCCUGGACCGGGCCUUGCCAUCCGUAUCUUGGGUGAAGUUACUCGCGAACAAGUCAAGAUCGCCCAACACGCCGACUUGAUCUUCAUCGAGGAGAUCCGCGCUGCUGGAUUGUACGAUCAGAUCGCUCAGGCUUUCGCGGCAUUAUUGCCCGUUCGUGCUGUCGGCGUCCAGGGCGACCGAAGGACAUACGAUCAGGUCAUUGCUCUGCGAGCUGUGGCUUCGGAAGAUUUCAUGACCGCCGAUUGGUUCGACUUCCCCCCUGCUGUGCUGCGCAAGAUCUCGUCGCGCAUCACGAACGAAGUCAACGGCGUUGUGAGCCCUCUUGGAUCUUUUGACACAUAUUCUUCGACUCAACACUAAUUCUAUUCGAUUUCCCACAGAACCGAUGCGUGUACGACAUCUCGAGCAAGCCCCCUGGCACCAUCGAGUGGCUUUAG